AUGACGGAUAAGAAGAGAUGGUUAUGGAAAAGGAAGUCUUCCGAGAAGAGUUCGGGAGAAGCUGAGAGUUCGGGAUCUGUUUCUAGUGAGAGGUAUUCUGAUGAACAGCAGGAGGUAUCAAAGGAAUCUUCUAAUGGAAGCAAUCAUUCACCUGAUGUUACCUCAAAAGCUCUGACCUGUGCUGACGACGACGUUGAUGAUUGUUCAGUUAUCAAUGAACAACUUCCUGAUGGAGUUGCAUCAACACAUCUACCUUCUUCUACGUGCGUCGUAAAUGGUGGUUCAUUAGAGAGGAAUGAGAAUGGAGGAAAUGAAAAUAUAUCAAAUGGAAAAGAAGAUGAUUUAAGUGACGCGUCGAGGGAUAUAUCUGAGAAGCUAUCUGCUGCUCUUGUUAAUGUCAAUGCCAAAGAAGACUUGGUUAAGCAGCAUGCAAAAGUUGCCGAAGAAGCUAUAGCAGGAUGGGAAAAAGCCGAAAAUGAAGUAUCAGUUUUAAAGAAACAACUCGAGACAGUUACACUGAGGAAUUCGGCUCUUGAAGAUAGAGUCACCCAUCUAGAUGGAGCACUUAAGGAGUGUGUUAGGCAGCUAAGACAAACAAGAGAAGAGCACGAAGCAAAUAUUCAAGAUGCCGUUGCCGAAAAGACUCACGAAUUGGAAUCGGACAAAAUCAAACUCGAGAGCAAGCUCGUUGAGAUCCAGAAAAAAUUAGACGCAUCAAAUGCCAAAUCUUCUAUUGACCGUGAUAUGCGUCAAAAAGUUGAGUGGUUCGAGAAAGAGAAUAUGGCUCUCAGGCAUGAAAUCCUAGUUCAAUCGGAAGAGCUGAAAAUCAGAUCAAUUGAGAGAGAUUUAAGCACUCAAGCCGCCGAGACAGCUAGUAAGCAACAUUUAGAAAGCAUCAAGAAAGUAGCUAAGCUUGAGGCCGAGUGUCGGACACUGAAGAGCAUGGCUUCUAAAGCACCGUUGGUUACUGAUCAUAAAUCUAUUGCUUCAUCCUCAUUUUGUGUUGAAUCUCUCACGGAUAGUCAAUCAGAUAGUGUGGAACGACUUGCUGCAUUGGAUUGUGAUACUUACAAGAUGAAUGGUUCGGAACUAAAUAGGUGUGAGCCAAGUGUUUCCGACUCAUGGGCGUCCGCAUUAAUUGCCGAGCUUGAUCAGUUCAAGAAUGAAAAAUGCUGCGGACAAGCUCCAUCCGGUUCUGUUAAAAUAGAUCUGAUGGACGACUUUCUUGAAAUGGAACGACUUGUUGCAUUGCCCGAGACUAAGAACGAAAGCUUUGUUGAGGAGUCAGUUGUUUUUGACAAUCAACGCAUUGACAAAGAAAGCACACUCAGAGUCGAGUUUGACAUCAUGAAUCAGCAAAUGGAUGAACUAAAAGGGAAGUUAGAAAAGGUGGAAGCAGAUAAGGCUGGACUACAGAUAGCUUUGAUGGAAAGUAAAGAGUUUAUCGAGGAGUCACAACAUCAGUUGAGGGAGGCGGAACAGAAACUGGAGGAGCUUCAAAUAGAGCUAGAGAAUUCCUACAAAUCAAAUCAAAAGAUAGAAAAUCUCUUAUUAAGCAUGGAGGCAGAUAGUCGAACACUAUCAUCCAAAGUCAACUCAUUAGAAGCCGAGGUUGAUAAUGAAAGGGCUGUGUCACAUGAAAUUGUGAUGAAGUGUGAGGAUCUGGAAGAAGAGUUAGAAAGAAAAUCUUCAAUGCUUAGCUCAUUAGAAGUUGAGGUUGAAAAGGAGAGGAACACGUCGCAUGUAUUGGAAAAAGAGUUAGAAAGCAAAUCUUCCAUGCUUGGCUUAUUAGAAGUUGAGGUCGAAAAGGAGAGAAACACGUCGCAUGCAAUUGCAAUAAAAUGUGAGGGCCUAGAGGAAGAGCUAGAAGGAAAAUGUGCAAAGGUUGAGUUGUUAGAAGCAGAGGUUGUCAAGGAAAGGGCCGUGUCGGAUGAAGUUGCUGCCAAGUGUAAGAACUUGGAGGAAGAGCUAGAAAUCAAAUCUGCAAAGCUUGAGUUAUUAGAAGCAGAGGUCGAAAAGGAGAAAGCCAUGUCUGAAGAAUUUGCAAUGAAGUGUAGCGAAUUGGAGGAAGAGAUACUCAGGCCAACAUCUAGCUUGUAUGGAGAAAAGAAAAUCAAGCAGGAGGACCUAGCCCUCGCAGCCGGGAAGCUCGCAGAAUGCCAGAAAACAAUAGCAUCUUUAGGGAAUCAGCUAAAAUCUCUUGCCACACUUGAGGAUUUCCUUAUCGACACUGCUGGGAUUCCUUCAAGUCCAUCAUCACUCAUUGCUAAUGCUAGUGGCGAGAUGUGGAAGAUGCAUUCAAAUUACACAUUUUCACCUAAAAGAGAUACCAUUUCUUCCAGGUUGCCUGAUGCUAGCUCUGGUCUAUCCCUAAACAGAAGUGAGGAAAGCUCGCCACUUACGUCGUCUCCUUCAGCUUCAUCAGUAGCCUUGCCAAAUCACGCCAGUUCUGAGAGGAGUCGAAAUGGUUUCGCAAAAUUUUUCUCGCGAACCAAGAGUGGCAUUAGGCUAGAAAUUUAG